CGCGACGAUGGAGGUGGAGGCCAUGGGCGGCGCCGGGGGCAAGCGGGGCAGGGCCAAGGGCGCGGGCGCGGGCGCGGGCGCCGAGCCGGAGCCGAAGCGACGCGCGAUGGCGGUGGCCGUGCAGCCGCCCGCCGCCGCGCCGUGGGCGCAGCAGCACCCGGCCUCGCGGAUCUACCGCGUCUCCCGGGCCUCCGGCGGCAAGGACCGCCACAGCAAGGUGUACACGGCCAAGGGCAUCAGGGACCGCCGCGUCCGCCUCUCCGUUGCCACCGCCAUCCAGUUCUACGACCUGCAGGACCGCCUCGGCUACGACCAGCCCAGCAAGGCCAUCGAGUGGCUCAUCAGGGCCGCUGCCGAGGCCAUCGACAAGCUCCCCUCGCUCGACGCCGCCGCGGGCUUCCCCGCGCACCCGGCCUCCGCCAAGGACCACGCCCCGCCUGUCGGUGACGACGACGACCACCACCACCAGCAGCAGCAGCAGCUCACGAGGUCCGGAUGCAGCAGCACGUCCGAGACCAGCAAGGGCUCCGUCCUCUCCCUCUCCCGCUCCGAGAGCCGGGUCAAGGCGCGGGAGCGCGCAAGGGAGCGGAACACCGUUGCCAGGGACAAGGACCCCGCCGCCAACGACACCACCGCCACCACCUCGGCGCAGGCGGCGUCCUUCACCGAGCUGCUUACGGGGAUGGCCGCGGCCAGCGCCGCCCCCGCUCAACACAAGCACCAGCUGCGGCAGUCGUCGGUGUCCUGGCAGCCGACGAUUGUCUCCGCCACCACCGACUACAUCGGGUUCGCGCAGCCCCGGAAGGGCGGGGGGCACGCGAUGGCGCACGCCUUCGCCUCCCCCGCUCCUCACCUCGGCAACAUUGCGUCCAUCGCCAUGGCCCCAGCGCAGCACUUCGGCUUGGCCAGUGGUGCCGUCACCGUCGCCUCCGGGGGCGGCGGCGAGCCGCACGCCGAGAUGACGCACUUCUCGUUCUUGCAGGACCAUUUCAUGCCCGUCCACGCGGCACCGGCGCCGGCCCCGGCGUCGGCUCCCGCCGGAGAAUACAACCUCGACUUCUCCAUGUCCUCGGGUCUUAUGGGUGUCAACACUAGGGGGGCCCUUCAGUCCAAUUCGCAGCCGCAUAUCUCCGGCCACCAUCACCAGCAGCAGCAGCUCCAGAGGCUGUCUACUCCACUGGACGCUCCCAACAUACCCUUCCUGUACAGCUCUGCCGCCGCUGCAGCUGCGGCGGUCACCACGCCCACCACGGCCGACGGCCAGUUCGCCGCGUUCCAGCUCUGGAACGGGUUCCAGCACGCAGACAUGAAGGAGAAGGGCAAGCACUGAUCGACACCUGCCCAGCGCAGUGCGCUGCUAUCUGGAUGGACGUGGAAACUGGAAAGGCGUCAAAUAAUCGCAGCCUGUCCCUACAAAGCACCAUCCAUUAUUGCCUGAAGCUGCUGCCAUGAUUGCAGUGGGGAUGGUUCCUCCCCCCGAAUUCUUGGAAGUAGAUCAUCCUUAUUUCAGGCUAUCACACUGAAGAACCUCGUCGUCCUUACUCUGGCAAAUAACCUUCCGCACUUCUUUUUCUGCCUGCUGCUGUACUCAUUUCCUGGAGGCGAGGUUUUCGGGGGCAUGAUUUGCCAGACCAGAGCGCCCCCGUCAGAGAUCUACUGUGAUCAUUCCCACUCGAAAACUUUGCCGGUGGAUGGGUUCGGUUUGGCCCCCUUGAUCGGCUCUCUCUCGAGCUUUAGUGAUCAGUUAGUUAGUUCUUAUAUCCCUGCCAUUUGUAUGGUUCUCGGUUGUGUGUUGCACGAGGAGUGGGAGGACUCCAGUGCAUGACGUGUGUGUGCAAGUUUGUGCCCCUGUUGUGUACUACUGGCAUAGUGAGAGUUCUCCUCGUAUGUAAAUUUUAUUUUU